AUCAUCAUCACCAUCGCCACCACCACCACCUCCAAGGCCACUACUAUCACAGCAUCUCUGUUCCUCCAUCAGAACUCUUCAAGUUCUGUAAAGGCAGAUUCUCCAAAGGCAUGCCUGGUGGCAUCACGUUUCUGACAUCUCAACGUCUGGGGCCUGCCCAAGCGAAGGCUGAUCUAGGCAGUCUCAUUGCUGGAGAUGACUGUCAGCUGCUUUCUCUGCAUAGCCACCAUCACAUGCCUCACCACUGGAGCCUGGGAAGCCUGACCACAAACCGGCAUCUCCAAGGCAUGAAUAAUUAGGUAGGCAUAAUGGAAGGCACUCAUUGCACCCUCCAAUUGCAUAAGCCCAUUAUGGAACUCUGCUACAUCAGCUUCUAUCUUCCAAAGGGGGAAGUCAGAGGAUUUUCAUACAAGGGCACUGUAACUCUAGACAGAUCCAAUAAAGGUUUUCAUAACUGCUACCAAGUCAGGGAGGAGUCAGACAUCAGCCUCAGCCAGGAGCCAGACGAACAUCCAGGCGACAUAUUUUUCAAGCAGACUCCCACGAAAGACAUUCUAACUGAGCUGUACAAACUCACAACAGAGAGAGAGAGACUGCUAGCUGAUCUCCUGAGCUCAGACCACAUCCUGGGGAUCGCGAUGGGGAACCAGGAGGGGAAGCUGCCAGAGCUGUCCGUGAGCCUCGCCCCUGAGGAUGACUGUUUCCAGAAUGCUGACAACUGGCAGGGAGAGCUCCCUGUGGGUCCUCUCAAUAAGAGGAGCACCCAUGGGAACAAAAAGCCUCGGAGGUUUGGUGGAAGGAGAGAGAGCUUUGGGGCUCUCCCACAGAAGAGGACAAGAAGAAAAGGGCGUGGAGGCCGAGAAUCAGCUCCUCUGAUGGGCAAGGACCAGAUCUGUUCCAGCAAUUCCCUUCCUCUUUCUAGAACAAGGCCUAAUCACUGGCUACUAGAGGGGAGAGGAAAUCUGCUCCCGAAUGGGGCACUUGAGUCCUCCCUGCAGAGGAGAGAGAGCUGCCCCUCAGAUAUUCCCAAGACACCAGACACAGACCUUGGCUUUGGGAGCUUUGAGACGGCUUUCAAGGACACUGGGCUUGGAAGAGAAGUGCUGCCCCCUGACUGCAGCUCCACAGAGGCAGGAGAGGAUGGCUUUCGGAGGCUGCCGAAAGGGCUGGAGCAUCAGCAAACAGGUUUGUCUGAAAGUCACCAGGACCCUGAGAAGCAUCCAGAGGCAGAAAAGGAUGAGAUGCAGAAGCCAGCUAAGCGGACUUGCAAGCAGAAACCUGUAUCCAAAGUGGUGGUCAAAGUUCAGGACCUGUCCUCCCAGGUACAGAGAGCAGUUAAAACGCAUUCUAAGGGUAAGGAGAGGAUUGCCAUUUGCCCAGACGCCCAAGCUGAGUUUGUACCCAAAGCUGACUUGCUCACCCUCCCGGGAGCUGAGGCUGGGGCUCGGGGUUCCAGACGGCGCGGCAAGGAGCGGCAAGGGAAUGGGUCAUGGAAGUCACCAGCCACGGAAGCAGCCUCCAUUUCUAGUGCACCAGCCAGUGCCGAGGGGGCUGUGAACAAGGUCCUCCUGAAGGUGAUAGAGAGUGAGAAGUUAGAUGAAGCCCCCGAGGGGAAAAGACUGGGCUUCCCUUUCCGCACGAGUGUCCCCCACACUCGCCCAGAAAUCAGAAACAAGAGGAGAGCUGGGUUGCCCCUCAGUGGCCACAAGUCCUUGUUUCUGGAUCUGCCCCACAAAGUAGGUCCUGACUCCUCACAACUCAGAGGUGAUGAUAAGAAGCCAUCCCCCCCAGCACCAGCAGCUCUUGGCAAGCUGUUUAAUAAUUCAUCCUCGCAGGCCAGCACACACAAACAGACGUUACCUGUUCCCUCGCCUCUGUCUCCAAGGCUUCCCAGCCCUCAGCAGCAUCACAGGAUCCUCCGGCUCCCUGCACUGCCUGGUGAGAAGGAAGCUGCUCUUAAUGACUCUCCUGGUAGAAAGAGCCGUGUCUUCCCUGGGUGCGUCUCUGCUGACACCUUGGAGCCACCAUCCUCUGCAAAGGUCACGGAGACCAAAGGAGCCAGCCCGGCCUUCCUCAGAGCAGGCCAACCUCAGUUGGUGCCUGGGGAACCUUUGGAAAAGAGCUCGGGGCCAGGGAAGACCACAGCUGAGCCCCAGCACCAGUCAUCUCCAGGUAUCUCCUCUGAGAGCUUUCCCUGGGAUGGCUUCAAUGAGCAGACACUUAAAGACCUUCCCAACAGGGAUGGAGGCACGUGGGUUCUGGGCUACAGAGCAGGACCAGCCUGUCCAUUUUUGCUUCACGAGGAAAGGGAAAAGUCAAACAGAAGCGAAUUGUACUUGGAUCUCCAUCCUGACCACAGCCCCACUGAGCAGGACGACAGAACUCCUGGCCGACUUCAAGCCGUCUGGCCACCCCCAAAGACAAAAGACACCGAAGAAAAAGUGGGACUGAGGUACACUGAAGCAGAAUACCAAGCUGCUAUUUUACACUUGAAGAGGGAGCACAAAGAAGAAAUUGAAAACCUGCAGGCCCAGUUUGAACUUCGUACAUUUCAUAUCCGGGGUGAGCAUGCAGUGAUAACAGCGAGACUAGAAGAAACCAUUGAAAAUCUGAAACACGAGUUAGAACAUAGAUGGCGAGGGGGUUGUGAAGAGAGGAAAGAUGCGUGCAUUUCCACCGAUGAUGACUGCCCUCCAAAGACCUACAGAAAUGUGUGCAUUCAGACAGACAGAGAGACCUUCCUCAAGCCCAGCGAAGGUGAAAGCAAGACAAUCAGAAGUAAUCAAUUAGUACCCAAAAAGCUGAAUAUCUCCUCUUUAAGCCAGCUCUCUCCCACAAAUGACCACAAAGACAUCCAUGCAGCACUCCAGCCAAUGGAAGGCACCGAGUCAAAUCAGCAGAUGGCACCCCCUCCACCUCCUGCACCGCCCCUGCCAGCAUCCAUCCCUCCCCCUCCGCCUCUUCCCCCAGGACUUGGAUCUUUGUCUCCAGCACCUCCAAUGCCACCGCCACCACCUCCACCGCCACCCCCACCACCACCUCUACCUCCACCUUCAAGUGUUGGACCUCCACCACCCCCACCACCACCCCCACUUCCUAACUUCCCUGCCCCACUCAACCCUGGAGGGCCUCCUCCUGCUCCAACCCCCCCAGGACUUGCACCCCCACCUCCCCCUGGACUCUUCUUUGGACUUGGCUCUUCUUCCAGUCAAUGUCCUCGAAAACCAGCCAUUGAGCCCAGUUGUCCCAUGAAGCCUUUAUACUGGACUAGGAUACAAAUAAGUGAUAGGAGCCAAAAUGCUGCACCAACCUUAUGGGACUCCUUAGAAGAACCCGACAUUCGGGACCCCAGUGAAUUUGAGUAUUUAUUCUCCAAAGACACAACUCAACAGAAGAAAAAACCUCUGUCGGAGACUUAUGAGAAAAAAAACAAGGUCAAAAAGAUCAUCAAACUAUUGGAUGGAAAACGAUCUCAAACUGUGGGAAUAUUAAUAUCUAGUUUACAUUUAGAAAUGAAGGAUAUCCAGCAGGCCAUUUUCAAUGUGGAUGACUCCGUGGUUGAUCUGGAGACCCUGGCAGCCUUAUAUGAAAAUAGAGCCCAAGAGGAUGAGCUGGUUAAAAUAAGAAAGUAUUACGAGAUAUCCAAAGAAGAAGAACUGAAGCUGCUGGAUAAACCUGAGCAAUUUUUACAUGAGUUAGCCCAGAUUCCUAAUUUUGCUGAACGUGCCCAGUGCAUAAUCUUCAGAUCUAUCUUUGCUGAGGGUAUCACCUCCUUGCACAGAAAGGUAGAGAUCAUCACGCGAGCUUCUAAGGGCUUGCUGCACAUGAAGAGUGUGAAGGAUAUUUUAGCUCUUAUUCUGGCUUUUGGAAAUUAUAUGAACGGAGGAAAUAGGACUCGGGGACAAGCCGAUGGAUAUAGCUUAGAAAUUCUGCCCAAACUCAAGGAUGUCAAAAGUCGGGAUAAUGGGAUUAAUCUGGUGGACUACGUUGUGAAGUAUUACCUGCGUUACUAUGAUCAGGAAGCUGGAACAGAAAAGAGUGUUUUUCCUCUGCCUGAACCACAGGAUUUCUUUCUGGCCUCCCAAGUUAAGUUUGAAGACCUCAUAAAAGAUUUGAGAAAACUGAAGAGGCAACUAGAAGCAAGUGAAAAACAGAUGGUGGUGGUGUGCAAGGAGUCUCCGAAGGAGUAUCUCCAGCCUUUCAAAGACAAACUAGAGGAGUUCUUCCAGAAAGCCAAAAAAGAGCAUAAAAUGGAAGAAAGUCACUUGGAGAAUGCACAGAAAAGCUUUGAAACAACAGUAGGAUAUUUUGGGAUGAAGCCAAAGUCUGGCGAGAAGGAGAUCACACCCAGCUACGUGUUUAUGGUGUGGUACGAGUUCUGCAGUGACUUCAAGACAAUUUGGAAACGGGAGAGUAAAAACAUAUCUAAAGAAAGAUUGAAAAUGGCUCAGGAGUCAGUCAGCAAGUUGACGUCAGAGAAGAAAGUGGAGACAAAGAAAAUCAAUCCCACUGCUAGCCUGAAAGAAAGACUGCGUCAGAAGGAAGCCAGUGUGAACACCAACUAAGAUGAAGACACACGGAAAUGAUGGCACUCGCCAUGGAGAACCUUGUACACAUGCUCUUUCUGACCCCAGGGCUGCAGGACGUUCUUGAGAGAUGUUACUAAAUGUUUUUUUGCUCAUCUCUGAGGUCAUCUGCAGAGAGCCCCAUGCCUUCUUUAAGAAGUCCCUUAUUAAGCCACAGGAACAAUGGGAAACUAUUUAAGGGAACACUGCAGAAAUAUUUGAUUAUUAUUUCUUAUUGAAGCCCAAAGUCCACUCUAAGACCAGAAGAAAUACCAAAAUUUUCUGAAACUUUUUUUAAAAGCUGAAAUUUCCAGCUUUAUAACCAAAGCUUGAUAUGUGUCACAUUUUCACAGAAGAGAGAAACGAUCAUUUAGGACAGUUGCCUUGGGAAGAGUUCAAGUCUUUGUCUUUACACCCUGCUGUUUUGAUUAUUGGUCUUAGUUUUGAUCCUAUUGCAGCAAAAUCCUGCAGCAUCUUACUCUCCAAUAAUGUUGCAACUUACCAAAACUAUUUUUGGAGGGGUCUAAGAAUAUGUAUUUUCCAGACUAGAAAAAUGAUUUUGUUAUUCAUGUAAUGGAAAGGAGAAAAAAAACAGAAUUGUACCUGGGUAGAGAAAGGGAGAUAAACAGCCAUAAACUUCAUCCUGGAGAACAAGUUAUCAUGCAAGGACUAGACAUCUGUUAUUAAGUGAGUCCCAUUCUUGUUUCUGUAUCAGUCCUUCAUGGUUUUGUGGGCCAGCAGAGAUUCUGCACCCUAACUCUCAAGAGAAACUAAUACCUGAGCAAGCACAGCCUUAGGGUCAGAGAACCUGCUUGGACAAGGGACCCAGUGGCCAGAGCACCUUUCACAUUUUGGAUCAUUCGUAAAUGGGCAAUGUUGUGUGGACAUGCCGCCGAGUUCUACGUCGUGUGCUGUGACUGUGCAGCUGGACCUCCCCCACCAUCCCCAGGAGGCAGUUUCCAGACAGGAGAGCAAAUGCAACUCACAGCCUCCACUCAUGACCCUGACAAGGUGUGUGAAGUAGGAUGAAGCAGGACUGUUUAAUGUCAAAAAAACUUAAGGGCAGAAAAAAAGUUUCUUACAUCAAAAUGAAAAGAUUACAUUAAUAUGAAACUCCAAGUGGAUUAUUAUUCAUAGGCAGCUUUUGUGACCCUGGCUCUUGAGUCACAUGGGGAAACCACCUUGGACCUCUCUGACGAUGUUGUCCUUAAGCCACCUCUCUGAAUUUAUCUUGUGAGGAGUGAAGAUAGGACUGGAUAUGAAUUGAGAAUAUGAUCAAAGACUCAUUUUUAGGCCUUGAAGGAGAGGCCCGAGCUUUUUCCUCCAAUUGGUAGAGGACUGUCCAGAGAUGAGCAAGCAUCUUAAAUUCCUUCCUGAUCCAGCCACCACAUGUGGCCUGCCCCUUCCUCCACCGUCUUUCCAGAACCCUUGGACUUGCCAGGUGCCUGAGCAUCUUCCCAGGAUAUGCCUGCCAGCCAGCAGCCCCUCAGGAGUGCUCCUGCAAUAGAUGCAGUAACAAAAGCAGCACCAUAUCCUCAUCUAAUGUCAGCCUCCGGAAUGAAGUGCAGUCAGGAUCAAGUCAUACAAGCCAUAUUCAUACAGGUGCUAACCACCUUUUCUACUGGUUCAACUGAAAGGAAUAUGGUAAUAUAAUUGGAUUUUUUAAAUUCAAAAUAAAGGAAUGAGACAAGCAAAAUAGCAAAGCUGAGAAGGAACAUGCAUGACUAAAAAGGCUUGAAGUUGCUUGUGAGCAAGCUGCUUUUUAUACGCUUUCUUAGUUUUCUUGAUUUUCACUUAACUCAAGACACCCAAAAGAACUAAUUAAAAACUAAUUCCACUCAUAGCCGUCCCCGUGCUCCUUCUAGUGUUAUGCACAAAAAAAGUGCCCGUUUUACCCAUGCCAUAGAAAUCAGCUCUGAGUUCUGUGGUGCCCUGGUAGGCUGCUAAGAGCAGCAGGUGGUUUGCAGUGGAGUCACAGUAGCCCACUUCGGUCUCCAAAUAGGAUGCUCAUGAGAAAUCACUAAAGGUAAGCAAGGUUGUCACUGUGGCCACGUAACUCUUCCAGGGCCAGUGCUGAAGAAUAAUGAGUGAAAACACUUAAUUGGAGCUCAUCCUAGUCAACAGACUAAAACUUGGCAGUAAAAUGUCUGUUUCUACAAAGCAAGAUUUGCCUGCCUCGGUUAGGGAAACCUAGUGGUUUUGUCACACUAGUCAAUGUAUUAAUGUUAGUGUUUUAAGACAUGACAAAAUCUUCAUUAUUCUCACCUAAUUUGAACCCUGGGAUGCCCCCUCCCAAGUCCACCAGUGUACCACAUUGUUGACACAGCCUUCAUUUUUAACUCAAGUUGAUGCUCAGUAAAGGUCAAUGAUGGUUUGUUCAAGGAAUUUCAUCUACAAUAACCUGGAGUCCUUGAAAAUGAUCCCUGUAAAAUGCUGUUGAGCUUGUGUUCAGUGCAACAGGAGUGUCUAAACCUUCCCUGGAGAAGAGGUGAUCAGGAGGCCAUUUGGCAGCUUGAGCACAUCCAGCCAGCAGGCUUUAAGUGGCUGUUGUAGGCAUAGCCCUCCCUCAACUACAAAGCAGAGUAGCCAGUAUUGCUAUGCUGUGUCUAACCAGACACUCACACCUGACUUACUAGUAACUGAGAACCCUUAAUCUACAAACAAGUUUUUCUCUUCCUAGACAAAAUUCACUAAGUCUAAGGACACAAUGUGACAGUUCAGAUUCUUGCAUUAGAAAUUCACAAUAAGUGUCAGAGCACACAAUAUCAUAAGUUCCAUAAAUUACACAAAAUAUAUCAUAAAAUAUACUAUAGACAUGUUAGGUAAAAAGCAUCAGGCCCAUCAAGUGUCAAAAACCAGGUUAUGGCUCUUACCUCAAGAAGCGGCAGCUUAUGGGGAAAAAGGAAUAAGAAAAAUUGUGGCCAAGCAGAAGUGGAUGUAUAUGACGGCAGUGGAGGCCCAGAGGUCUCAGGUGAUUGCCCUACUGCCCAACAAUUGCCUUUUGAAUCCUUAUGCUGAUGAUGGUGUCUUUCUACACACUCACUGCAACUACUCAGGAAUUAUGGAGAAAGAUUUUCUGACAUCUGAGAAGUAGAAUAAGGAAACCCAGUGGUGCUAUUAUACUCAGAUUGCCAGUAUGGUUGAGAAAUUGAGUAUCAGAGGGCAUGCUGGUCUCCCCUCCCAUCUAUCACGGUCAGAAGAAGCUGCAAACCUUCUUGGCCUCCUUCAGGUACACCUCUUGUUUUCUUAAGUACCACAGAGAAUGGUGUUUCCUAAAUGAAUAGUUCAUAUACGGCUGGUAAAGAAAAUGGAAAAACUGAAGGAAGGAAUGUAACAUGUUUGUAGAAAUAACCCCUCUGGUAAGACAAGUCUUUUUUUCCCUAAGGGCCACAGUGAGAUGUAGCAGAAGAAAUAUGUGUAUUUGGGGCAAAGAUUUACCUGUUGGCCUGGGAUUGCAUAUUCCCUCUACAUGAUGCUGUCUGCAACAGAGGAAUUUUCUUUUUAAUUAUAUUUUUCCUUUCUUGAAAGUUAUGUAUCCUCAUUUCUAUUUCUAUUUCUGCUUCUCCCUUGGCCACUUCAUUGAUGCAGAUCACACAACAGCACAGCAAACUGCACUAAGUCAGUGUGUGACGGGGAAUUAGCAAUGCACACCUGCAGGCCCUUUUUCCCAGGAACCAGGUUCUAACAUUGACAGGGGAAGCUGUUCAUUCCCUGACAUACUAAAUUGGUCAGUUUUGUAGUACUCACCUCUGCCCACAAAAACAAAGAAUCAAUUUGGAGCUUUAUAUGGCAAAGAGAAGGAAUACCUCCGAAAAUAGCCUUCCUCCCUCUCCCCUCCCAUAUAUCUGAUCCAAAUAUCAAAUAUCUGAUUUUAUAAAGUAGUUUAAGCUGCCUUUUUAAAUUGCUGUCAAGAAGCAUCAGGUAUAUUUGAGCUCCUUUUUUUUUAAUCCUGUCUAUUCUAAUCAGAGAAAGAAAUGGCCGAAAAGUGGAGAGGAAAGAAAAAGCUUCUGUUUUUAAAAAUAUUUUUAUAGUAGUUAUUUUACCUUUAGGGACCCUACAACUGAAGAGGGUGGAGAGAAUAAGGAAAUAGACUUUUCAUAUCUGCUUUGUCUUCAUAAAGAAACCUGCCACACAGAUGAAACCAGUCUAUGUGGCCAAACUGAUUGAUAGGAUUUGCAAAGUGGGUAAUUUUUAGCCUUUCCAGAAUGCAAAUAACUUGCUUGAUAUAUUUCCAUUUUCCAGCUAUAAACAAUCCAGCUGCCUGGAAUCUUAUUAGUACAGAAGCGGCUUUAAAAAAGCACCCUCGAACACUGGACUCAGCAGAUCUUUCUCCUUUAAACUUACAUAAUGAUAUUCAUAUCUCCAUUAGCAAUUGAAUCCAGGCAUAACCAGGCUCAGUUACACAGCUGUAUGUGACCGAGAAGCCCAUUUUGUGUCACUUCUGCACACUCGUCAGCUGUUGACACCUUAUUAGAUGCACUGCAUUUUUGCUUCACAAUUCUUCAUCUCCCUUCCCAAGGAAUGGGCAGUCUACCAAACUCUUCCAGAUCAAUGCUUUGUUGUAAAGUGAUAAAUUUAAGAGAAUUUUAACAUGUCAAAUUUGAAGCCAAUUCAGUAGCCUUAUUUGUUCCAAGACUCUUUAACCAAUACUGUGAUAUAAAGCUAGCAUUUGGGAAACUUGUGUAGUAAAGAACUGAUUUGGAGACAUGAAGAUAUUAAAAUGGCAGCCAGCUAACUCUGUCUCUUGAGCCACUAUGCGCUUUCUACCAAUGGAAAGAUGAUGGAGGCAAAUUAAGCCCCAUUCAGUAGGCCUGCUGUCCAGUGGAACUUACUGAACUCAUUUCCUCCUCUAUCCCCAGCCCUUCUCCUGGCUACUCUGGUGAUAACCAGGGGCAUAGAGGACCUUCUCUUCUCCAGUAGGGUAGUUUCCUGUAGUCAGUAGCUCACAUGAACUCCAGACUUUAUUUUACAUUACAUCUCUGAAGUACUUGAUCUGGGGAAGAUUGACUUUAAUUCCAUUUUUAUAUGAAAGUGGUAGAUAACAGCCGUCAAUUUGUUUUUCUACAUUUCCUCUAAGCUUAUGUAAUUUUGUUUUUAAAUAUUCUCUUAAAUAUACCGAGAAUCUUCUAUUCUGUCUCCUUUUCUAGAGGCUGAUCUAACUACACUUACUGGCUGUUUUUCCAAGCUUUGUGUGAAACUUGGUAACACUGGGCCAGCAAAAUGCAAAGUAGACUACAGUUUCAGGCAGAAAAUCUCAUCCAAAGAAUCCAGCAUGGAUUAAACCUCCACCACACUAUAGCUCUCACACGGGCUGAACAUUUUCCUAAACUCUACCUGUGCAGACAGUGAAAGGUUCUCUGCCUUUGAAACUAUGAGAAUGUCUUAAAUGACUAAUUCUCUCUAUAGUACGAGCUGCCAAUGCAUUAUCUUAGUAUAUCAAGAAGGAACUGUCAGGCACACAUUAGCAAUGGUUUGUUAAUGUCCCUGUCAAAGUUGUACCUACUUUCCUUCCUUGUUUUCUUCAGGGGCUUUCUUCCACUUUCAUCUCAUGAAACAAAUGAAUUGAUUGUUCAGCUGGGUUAGCUUUCCAAGUCCAUCUUUCCAAAAUGAAAGGUUAGUCCCAUAGACCACUGGGUAUCCAGGGAAAUUACUCUUUACCUCCUCAUGGCCUGGACGGUAGGUGUUCCCAGAUUAACUCUCUGGCAAUUCUUAGUAUGGAUUUUGAAUUCCAGACUUCUUUAUAGGAGAUGUAUAAAAAGGAAUUUGUAACAUACAGAAAUUAUACUGCUCUUCCCAGUAAGGGACGGAAAGGACAUUUUAAAUCGUUACAUUUUAGAUGUUUUUGUGAACUAUGAAUAUCUCCUUUUUCCUCUCUUCAUGCUAACCUGUCUCUAGAUAAAAUCUCAUUUCUUCAUGCAUCGGACCACAAGGCAUGAAGAGGUAGCUCAGACCCACUGAGACCGUGUUCUGCAUAAUCUUUGAAAGGCUUCCAUUUCCAUUGAAAACAAAUCCAUGAGAUAGAGGGAAAGUCUAGUAACGAUUUUCCUGUUUGCUCCUAGUGACACAAAUAAGUUUUAGGGAUCUACCCAAGGGAUAGGUCUACUCCAAAACUUAAUUUUAUAAUUCUAUGAUUUCCCAAGGCAUAAUGUGACCCUACUGUCAGCUAGAUGUCUUAUCUUCAAAGAAUGUAAGCUUUAAGGACUUCCCUUAAAGAACCAAUCUAAAAAUACUCCUAAAACGGCAGAAACUUUUCAAAUUAGAAAUUGAGUAAUUUUUAAGAAUCUUGAAAGAAAUCAUUCAUUUGUCAUGGUCUUUUUCUUUCAUUGAGUUUUAAGAGUUUUAAUUUAGAGUAGCAUGCCAAGGAGGAUGUCCUUGGACUUUGACUUAGGGGAUCGUGCUUUGGCUUGGGAAUAAGCACUGGCCUGCAUGCCCAGAACCUAAGUGAAGGCAGUCAGCAUCCUGGUAUGAAUCGGACCUAGCAGAAAUGUAAAUUACUUAAAAGUGCUUUAGAGUUCAGUUUUCUCAGUGACACCCUGGACCCUGGAUGCUGCUGUCUAAAGUGCAUUUGGUCCAUGCAGUUCUAUGUCUUCAUAUAACUGGGGCCUUGUGAGGUUGCAAGCAAUGGGAUAAGUGAGAAAGAAAGGAUGCGUGGAGGAGUAAAAUUUGAACGAGGCUAACGCAAUGUUUUGCUGAUAGAUUACAUUGUUAGGGAGCUGGUGGUUUGGGGGCAUGGUUUUAUCAUUGGCAGCUUUUCAAUGGAAAUUGAAGGCAUCUCUGUUAGGCAGAUGUGAGUGCCCAUGAUCUUGUAUUUAUCAGUGCCAGACAGUGUACUGGAAAAGCAGGUACCCCAGUGAAACUGGUCUGUACUUGGUUUAACAGCUCCAACAGUUUCAAAAUCCGUGGGGCUGCUUGUCCAUAGACCCUGUUUACUGCAUGCCUGUUCAAAAGUCAUUUUGACGUCUAGCUUCGUUUUGCCUUUUUCCUUCAUAUUCCGUGGCUUUUUCUUACAUUUCUCCCAGACCCAGAUUUUUUCACCCCUCUGCAUCACAGACAACCAAGUAUCUCCCUUGGCCCCUCCUCCAUCCCCUCAUACCCUGUGCUCCAUUCUCAGCCGUUUGGACAGGGAACCCCGCUGUCACCAAGGAGCCCAUGUGAGACACACUGCUGUGACUGCCUCUUGUUAAUGUCAGCAUCACCUCAUCACUUAGGCAAAAAGGAAAAUCCAUAAAAGAUGGAAAAUACGUCUCUUUUUCAUUUUAUUCUACUUUAAGAAGGUUGGCUGGGGUGGGGGGCAUGUUAUUCUAGGUCUUCAAUUUCUCAUAGAUUUACCUUAAACUAAGGCCAUUCUUUUGAUAAAUUUGUACAUCAGACCGGAUCACCAGCUAUGAUGCAGAAGGCUAAAUUUUUGAAUCUCAAGUAACUUUUUAUGCUGCUGGACAAAUCGACUUAAUUCUGUGCAGGCAAACACUUUGAAUCAUAAGGCUUUUUAUUGCCAUUCCAUUCUUACUACUACUCAUGAUUCAAGCAUCUACCCCUGUUCUGAAUCAGGACGUUGACACUUUGUGAUUAUUUUCAGAUGAACAGUAAGUGCUACACUCUUGAAAGCACUUAAAGUGUGAGCAUGUCCUAAAUUGUCAACCAUUUAACCUGGUAAAACAUAGGCUUUUCUGUUUAAUUAUUAGACCAAUCUGUAGAUAUAAUCUGAAAGGGUUUUAGGCAGUAAUGAAGACAGUUGGGAAAGGAGAAGGCAGUUUAAAGACAUGAAACCUUAUGUUACAUGCCCUUCGAUACUUUUAAGCAUAAUCUCAUUGGAUUCAGGUAUUUUUCCCUUUGCUUAAAAAUAGGUAUUUCUAAUUUGUUUGCAUAUUUAAUUUUGUCAAAGCUGAGAAAUGUUCAUGAGUUUAUAAAUGUCAUUUGCAACCAAAUGAAGUAUUUAUUUUUAAAAAGAAAGGUUGAAGGAACUGAUUUGUACAUAAUAAAAAUGUGUAUAUUUUUUUUCCUCCUUGACAGUACUUGGUCACCAUAUCAAGUGUAUUUUUGUACAUAAUAUAUAUUGAUUAGAAAAGUGUCAGUUGUCUAUUCAAGAAAAUUCUAUCUCUGUGAUAAGUUAUAUUUAUCCUAAUCUGUUGAUACCUCCAUUCACUUAAGAGAUAGAAUUAUAUUUUUUGGAAUUUGCAGAGAAUUGCAUUCAUGGCUUUCAAUUGUAAAUAUGCUAAGGGUAUUUUAAUAAAUCUGGGUUUCAUGUCCA